AUGAAGUCAUUUCCCGCCGGCACAGAAGGUCUUAUUGCCAGACCUGGUCGGAAGCUCCAUCUGCACCCCUCGACGGUGGGAGUCAUAUCGAUUAUCGGCCUCGGUUCUCCCCACUGGCGACCAAAUUGUAAAGGGGAUCUGUCAAGUUUGACAGCCGCAAGGGGACCACCAGAUCCAACGCUGAUGGAUCGGACUAGGACGAUUCGAGUGGGGUGGCAAAGUGGCUAG